ACCGAUCGGGUUUAUUAUAUUCCCUCGUUUCUCUCUGCCUCACCUUGUCUCCAGCUUAGCAUUACACGCCUGAGAACUUUCUCAUGAAUUUCCUCUCCAGGCAAGGAAAAACAGGUCGAGUCCUCCGCAGGCAGGGAGGGGAGCCCUGGUGCGGCUUUGCUUGGGCCAAGGGCUGUGCAGUGAAGUGUGACAGUCCUCGGUCACAUAAAAUGCGUGCUGAGUAACUGGAGAAGGAGGCCCCGAGGGUGUGGGCAGGGCCUGAGGGUGGGGAACCAGGAAGGGCUGCCACACCGUCUGGCUCCUGGCCCCUUUCUCAGGACACCUGGCCUGGCCCACUCCCAAGAUCCUGCUAGGAUUCAUUCCACAGGCUGUUUGUCUGAAGGGCCUUUACCCAGGUGGAAAAUCAUCUCUGUGGUAGCCAAGUAUUAAAGCUUAUUUUUGGAGUGCUUAACAAUUGAAGAAGUCCUUUCACACAGAAUUUAGCUCUAAAUAUUCAUCACCAGUAAACGAAGUUCUAAAAGAGCUGACCAGAGUGAAUUUGCCUUUGGGGUGGGGCUCCUUUUUGCCUCCAAGUUGCCAUCCACAUGUGGGACUGACAGGCAAGUGCAAGUAGCUUUGCUGUCUCAUGGCGGAAGCUUCUGUGUCACUGUGGGUCGAGUCCUGCUUUCAGCACUGUGGCGCCCAGGAGGUGUCCAUUUAGGGAGUUUGUGCAAAGAGUGCUAGCUGGAGCUGGGGAUGUUUGCCUUUGUGUUCUGACUCUGACACUUUGUCAUGUGGACUCUUGGGCAAGAAACAGAGUUGUCCAUCCAUGGUCAGCUGGGGACUAUAGCCUCUGCCUCUGGCGGGGUGCCGCUGGACACCAUUAGGUGGGUCCCAAUCAUUUGCCCUCUAAGUUUGACUGGCAACAGCUGUGAGAAAGUGUUGCCUGGGAGAAUGGCUCCCUGCCCCUGCUCAUACUGUUUGAAAAACUCUGCCCACAGAAACGCAAGUUCAUUUCCUUCCUGCUGGCUACUGAUCUCUGUCUCCAGAAGGGAUUAAUCUCCCCUUUGGAAGGGCUCAGGGGAGGGCUGCUGGGCAGGGGUGUGCCCAGGUGUCAGUCCUGCCCUGGGGUGCGAGGCUGUCCCUGCUGCAACCUGGUUGGAGCCCUGAGAAGAGGAAGAGGGAGACCUGGGGCCAGGCGUCUCACUUAGGUGCUUUCUGGGCAGAGAGGCCAUCAGUGCUCCGAAUUCCACCGCAGACUUGGCUGGACGAGGGGCUGUGAAGGGACAGCUUCCCAAGAACCAAGCACAGGAGUUGAUGAUAAAGAGCAGGCUUUCUCUCCAACACCUAUAACAAAUCACUUGCGUAUUGCACUGGUCUUGUCUGGCUCAUCUUCCUGCGUCAGAGUAAAAGACAAGCCAAGUGAGGUGUGGCAGGCACCGGGACCACAUGGCAUCCAAGCCCAACGAGCCAGUCGCCAUCCUCAGCCUGCGCAGACUGAGCCUCUCGGGCCCAGAACCACAGCAGCAGAAAGAGCCCAAGACCUUCACAGUGGAGGACGCGGUGGAGACCAUCGGGUUCGGCCUCUUCCACAUCGCCCUGUUCCUGAUCAUGGGCAGCACGGGGGUGGUCGAGGCCAUGGAGAUCAUGCUAAUCGCUGUGGUGUCCCCUGUCAUCCGCUGUGAGUGGCACCUGGAGAACUGGCAGGUGGCAUUCGUGACCACGAUGGUGUUUUUCGGCUACAUGGUGUCCAGCAUACUCUUUGGGCUCUUGGCUGACAGAUAUGGUCGCUGGAAGAUUUUGCUCAUCUCCUUCCUGUGGGGUGCCUACUUCUCCCUGCUGACCUCGUUCGCACCCUCCUACAUCUGGUUUGUGUUUCUUCGGACCAUGGUGGGCUGUGGCGUGUCCGGCCAUGCUCAAGGGCUAAUUAUAAAGACUGAAUUUCUGCCCACAAAGUAUCGAGGCUACAUGCUCCCCUUGUCUCAGGUUUUCUGGCUUGCCGGCUCCCUGCUCAUCAUCGGCCUGGCUUCUGUGGUCAUCCCCACCAUCGGGUGGCGCUGGCUCAUCCGCAUUGCCUCCAUCCCGGGCAUCAUACUCAUCCUGGCCUUCAAGUUUAUUCCAGAGUCUGCUCGGUUCAAUGUUUCCACGGGGAACACCCAGGCUGCCCUGAGCACUCUGCAGCACAUCGCCCACAUCAACCGCUCCGUCCUACCUGAGGGGCAGCUGGUGGAGCCUGUGCUGGAAAAAAGGGGAAGAUUUGCAGAUUUACUGGAUGCUAAAUAUUUACGGACUACAUUACAAAUCUGGGUCAUAUGGCUGGGAAUCUCUUUCGCCUACUACGGGGUCAUCCUGGCCAGCGCUGAGCUGCUGGAGCGCGACCUGGUGUGCGGAGCGAAGUCGGAGUCCCAGGCAGUGCAUGGUGCGGACUCGGAGGGCAGCCAGAGUCCCUGCUACUGCCACCUGUUCGCACCCUCCGACUACCGGACCAUGAUCAUCAGCACCGUCGGGGAGAUUGCUCUGAACCCCUUAAACAUCCUGGGCAUCAAUUUCCUGGGAAGACGGCUGAGCCUCUCUAUCACCAUGGGCUGCACGGCUUUAUUUUUCCUUCUCCUCAAUAUUUGUACUUCCAGCUCCGGCCUCAUUGGCUUCCUGUUUAUGCUGAGAGCUCUGGUGGCUGCGAACUUCAACACCAUCUACAUUUACACAGCCGAGGUCUACCCCACCACGAUCCGAGCCCUGGGGAUGGGGACCAGCGGCUCCCUGUGUCGCAUUGGGGCGAUGGUGGCGCCAUUCAUAUCCCAGGUCCUUAUGAACGCAUCAUUCUUGGGGGCCCUGUGCCUUUUCUCAUCUGUCUGUGUUGUGUGUGCCAUUUCUGCAUUUACUCUUCCCAUUGAGACCAAAGGACGGGCCCUGCAGCAAAUUAAAUGAAGACCUGAAAAAAUGGAUCUACCCAGGGAAGAUUAUUUUCAUGGAGCUGUGGCACAUUUUUAAAACCUUGAUUUUUAAUUUCUCUGUGUUAUUUAGUAGUUAAUAAACAUGUAUUCAAAAAAGAAAAAAAAAAGAUGCACGUGUGAAUGCAACUGAGUAGCUAUUCACAUACUAUUACUCAAGAGGGGAGAGCAACAUAAACUUUUGUAAGGUA